CACAUCCAUCCAUCACGUUUUACGUCAGAAAUCGGAAAAAGUAUUAAUUUUGUGCUUUCAAGCAUAAAUUCCGAUAAACAAUUAUUCGAAAUUGCUAUUAAUAUACGAACUAACAUUAGGACAAUAAAAGAGUGGUCUUCAAUCUUACGUAGUGUUGUGUGACGUUUGUUAGUUUUGGUCGAACAGUAACGCGGUUAAACAAUUUUAAAUUGGUCAGGAGGUCUUUAAUUAAAGAGUUUACGCCUCCUCGGUAGUGCGUGUGACGAUCGGCAUUCGUUUGGCUGGCUGUAUAUCUUUAUAUCGAUGCUGACCAGUUGGUGCAGGAUGUUACACCAUUGGGCACCGGCGUAUUGUAUUCUCCGAUGUGUUUAUUUCGUCGAAUAGUUACAUGAGCGAUUCCUCAGCCGAAGUAACAGACUGGAAAACCAAUCCCUAUCCUUCCAUUAUCCCCGUACUUCCAUCAUUCCAAGCUUCCAUCCUAACGUCAUUCCAUUUUUGAAUAUUUUUAUAGCGAAUUUUUUAAACGCCUCAAAAUUGAUUCUGAAAAUAAAAACACGUCCGCUCCGCACGGCAGCCAGGACGCAAAUGACGAUCCCCCAACCCCCGCGACGGACCCGCGCGAUGCUCUGACUACCCUCACAAUGAGUUCCUCCCCAGUUCUGGAGCUGUCCUCGCCAUCCACCACUCCGUCGUCGCCAGCGUUGAGAGCGGACGUGCAUUUUCACACGUCCACGCCCAAUUAUAUUGGGAAGAAGCAGCACCAGCCUCUGAACGUGGUCCUCCCUUCCACUGCGCCGGCCACACCACCGACCUACGGAGAGCCAACUCUAACCCCGCCCCCCCGCUCGCCUGGCACCGCCGUUGCCACCCCAGCUUCGGGUGACGGUCGCAACCACCCCCCUGACGGCACUUCUUCGGACAAGUCAUCAGAAACAGCGGUGGGUGGUAUAUCACGCACUGCUAGCACGGCACUAUCCCGCAAAGAGAGCUACAAGGCGCAGCGGCAGCACUAUAGGAGAGAGAAGAAGCGAGCCGCGUCGGCACUACUACAUUCGAUAGAGGACCCGUCGGUCGUCGUGCUCGCUGACUGGCUCAAGGUAUGUACAUAUCAAACUAGGAGAGAGAGAGAGCACUAUGAGAGAGAGAGAGGGGACUAUAGGAAAGAGAGAGCACUAUAGGAGAGAGAGGAUGGUAUAUCGCGCACUGCUAGCACGGCACUAUCCCGCAAAGAGAGCUACAAGGCGCAGCGGCAGCACUAUAGGAGAGAGAAGAAGCGAGCCGCGUCGGCACUACUACAUUCGAUAGAGGACCCGUCGGUCGUCGUGCUCGCUGACUGGCUCAAGGUAUGUACAUAUCAAACUAGGAGAGAGAGAGAGCACUAUG